AUGCAAUGCCACUACGGUGGAAAAGUUCACUCAUUUUCUUCACUUCAAUCAAAUAAUAUCAGUGUAAAUAAAAUAUUACAUGAAUGGAAGUCAAGUAUUGAAAAAGUAGAUGAAUAUUCCCGAUAUAUAAAACAUCCGCAUGAAGUUGAUGGAUUUCUAUGCGAAUGCACUAAUCUACAAUCAUUCGGAAAAAGUUGUGAAUAUCGAUUACCUAUUGGUACAACAUUCGAAAAGACAAUCGAUUGGGAAGUUUCUAUGAAAGAAGCCAACGAAUGGCAAGUACAGAUGCAUGGAAAUAUUAUAUGUUAUACAACAUUGGAAUGCAAUUAUGGACUACUAUGUCUUGAUUGGAGAGAAAUUUGUAAUGGUUUUCAACAAUGUAUGUUUGGAUUAGAUGAAGAAAAUUGUGACUUUAUUGAAUUUAAUGAAUGUGAAGAUGAUGAAUAUAGAUGCAUUAAUGGAAUGUGUAUUCCUGAAGAAUAUUUUCUUGAUGGUCAAUUUGAUUGUUUAGACUGGAGUGAUGAAAUUCAAUGGUACUAUGAUGCAGUGUGUGCACUUGAAGAAGUUAGUUCUGUAUGUGAUGAUCGGUUAUGUCCUCCUGAUCAAUGGCCAUGUGGUGAUGGACAAUGUAUUUCCGAUCGACUUUAUUUUCAAGUAUUGGACAUGUCAACAGAACUUUCUUUUUGUGAAAAUCGACGCGAACAAUAUUAUUUAUGUGAAACGCAUGGCGACACACAAAUGUGGACACUACCGAAUGGACGAUGUUAUGGAGCUCCUCAAUACAAACAAUUCACAAUUGAGAAUCAAACAAUUGAUGAACGAUGUGAAUACCUUCUAAAAUGUUUUCUUACUCAAGGAUAUGAAAAACAAUGUCCGUGUAAGAUGAAAUCUUCAUGUAAAGAUCAUCUACAGGAUCUCUGUUUUUAUGAACGUAUCCAAUACCCAAAAGGUGCAAUCAUAACGCCAUAUACAUUCUACUAUUAUGAUAUACAGUAUCUAUCGCAUAGAGCACAAUCACCAGUCCUUUAUUUAAAUGGAACAAUCAAAUGUCGUGGAUUUUCAAUCAAGAUGAAUAGUCGCUAUGUUUAUCAUCGACCUGAGCUAAGGUCUCGCAGGAUAGAAUAUUCACUGUGUGAUGAUGAUAAUUCACCUUGGCAUAUAUUAAGAAUUAACAACGUUAGCUAUAAUGCAAAUUGUCAUAAUAAUUCAAAAACUUUUAACAAUAAUCUGUACAAAUUAAUUGAUAUUUGUAAGAAAUCAAAAGAAUGUAUAUCAGUCUAUCGCAUUAAUGAUGGAAUCGAAAAUUGUCUUGAUGGAUCUGAUGAAAAUAUAAAAUAUAAUUUAUCGAAUGUAAAUCAUUAUCGUUUUCAAUGUUCUUUCGAUGAGAAAACAUAUUUAAAUGUUAUUUCUAUUGGAGAUAGCAUACAAAAUUGUCUAAAUAAUUUCGAUGAACUCUGGAUGGGUACAACUAGAAAAUUAUCUACAUUUCUUUGUCAUAGUGAAUCGACAAAUGAAUGUAAUAUUCUUCGUCAAUAUAUUAAAAUGUCAUGGGCAUCGUUUGAUCAAAAUAAAUCUCAUAUAGAACGACGAGUUUCUUUUCGUGAUUAUUGUGAUACAUUUUGGAAUAUUAAUUCAAACGAAGAAGAUCUCAAUCAAUGUCGACAAUGGUGGAUAUGUUUAGAUUAUCAAUGGCAAUGUCGUUCAGGACAAUGUAUUAAUACAGAUUGGGUAUUAGAUGGGGAAUGGGAUUGUGUUGAUGCAUCAGACGAAGAAGGAGUAUUUGAUUAUUCAAUACCAGAUAGAAAUUUUCAAUUAAUUCAAUUGAAUGAACUUAGAAUAAGAUCGAAUGUUUAUUAUGAAAUUCGACCAUUUUCCAUGUUUUGCAAUCAGAGUAGAGAAUUCGGAUGUAUUCCUAUAAAUGUAUCUAAUUCAUUUUAUAAUUCGUUAGAUAAUCGUCCUUGUAUUAGUUUUAAUCAAAUUGGAGAUGGUCAUAUUGAUUGUUACGGAGGUAUAGAUGAACGUAAUACCCUUCAGCAUUGUGUAAUGAACGAAAUGCUUGGAUAUCAUGUAAUGUGUCCAUCAAAUAGGUACAACUGCCCGCAUUAUAUGUCGAUUUGUCAUGGAAGAUGUUUUGAUGGACUUGACGAUUUGUUUUGGUGUAAUUAUCACAAGAAUCUUUCUAGUAACAAUAUUUUAAAAGGUGAUUUUGUUUGUUUUAAUGGUACAUAUAUUAAAAGUGGUCGAUGUAAUAUUAAUCCGGAUUGUCCUUUCGCUGAAGAUGAAUAUAUGUGUUAUUAUAAACGUUCAUUUAAACUAGAAGUCUCUUAUCGGAAAUUGAAAUUUGGUUUCACAGUGGAUGUAGGAAAGAUUCUUAAAUUAUAUCGAUAUCCAAAAACUACAAAGACAAGUGAAUCUAUGAAUAAAUCUCUUCAAAUAAAAGAGAAAAUAUAUAUGAAAAUAAUGUCAUCUGAAGUGAUGUCAUCAUUAUUACCUUAUUUAUGUAAUCGUGGUAUUGGCAUUGAAAUGUAUAAUAAAUCAAUUAUUUGUUUUUGUCCUCCACAAUAUUAUGGAGAUAAAUGUCAAUUUCAAACUGAUCGAUUAAUUGUUCUUGUACAUUUAAAUCUGUCACAAUCAAUUUAUAACGAACAAACUGAUCAUCAAAUAGUAAUAAAGUUACUCGUCUUAUUUAUGUUUAGAAAUGAAAUUAUUCUUCAACAUGAAUUUCAUGUUCGACCAUCAAUUGAAUCGAUUGUUUAUGAAAAAAAGAUGAUUUAUUUUGUUUAUUCACGAUCUUUUGAAUAUCUUUUACAUAAAAAAGAACGGUAUAAAAAUCGAUCCAAUAUAAUUAAUGAUCAUCCUUAUUCAAUUCGUAUUGAAGCUUAUGAAAUGAAAAAUAAUGAUGAAGUUUCAAUUGUUGCUAUUUGGCGAUAUCCGAUUUAUUUUGAUUAUUUACCCGUUUUUCGUCUUGCUAAAGUUCUUCGAUUGAUUAAACUAAAUAAUGACAAAAAUCCGUGUUUAAGUAAUCCAUGUAAUGAAAAUCAACAAUGUUACGAAAUUAUUAAUGAAAAUUCGACAUUUAUAUGUAUUUGCAAAGCAAAUUUUGGAGGAGAAAAUUGUUCAGUUAGAAAUCAAUUAUGUAUUGAUGAAUAUUGUUCAUCAAAAUCACUAUGUAAACCAGAUUAUCAAGGUUUUCAAAAAGGAAAUCGUUUUCCAUAUUGUUUAUGUCUUUUGAAUCGAUUUGGUAAUAGAUGUGAAAUUGAAUAUGAUCAAUGUUUAUCAAAUCCCUGUCAAAAUAAUGGUUUAUGUUUUCCAAAGUCUAAUCCAAAUGAUUUUAUAUGUUUAUGUAAUGAUUCAUAUUACGGUGAUAAAUGUCAAUUUAAUAAACCAAAAGUUCAAUUAAAUAUAACUAAAACUGUUAAUCAUAUAGGAUCUGUUAUUCAAUAUUUCAAAAUCGAAUCUAUUUCAUUAGAACUUAUUCUUGUUGAUCAAAGAAUUUUUCAUACUCUUCCAACUAUGUUGAGAUAUAUAAAUGAUGGAAAAACUUUAUCGGAUAUGAUUUUAAUAAAACUUUAUUUUUCUUAUAAUGAUAUUCAAUCAAAUAUUUAUUUAUUAUCACUUCAUAUAAAAGAGACAACAAUUCUUGGAACGACUGAGGUGACCGAAAAAAGUCAAUGUGUUAGUAUUCUUGCAUUGAUUUCAAAUUAUUCUCCGUUUCAAUAUCAUUAUUUAUGUCGAAAUAAUACAAAUCUAACUUGUUUUUAUGAUGAAUCUUAUAUAUGUAUAUGUGAAGAAGAUCAUUCUCGUGUUGAAUGUUUUGGUUAUAAUCAUAAUUUUGAUUUAUGUUCAAAUUGUUUAUCUGGUGGACGAUGUUUAAGAGGAAAUCAAUUCAAAUUAAAUGAUUUUAUUUGCUUGUGUCCACCGUGUUAUUCAGGUAGCAAUUGUCAAUUCAAUUCAAAUUCAUUUUCCUUUACUCUUGAUCAAUUAUUUUUCAUUGAUCUUACUGCAAUUAAGUUCAAACGUACUCUUUGUUUAUUAAUUAUUAUUUCUGCUUUAUUAUUUAUCAUCGCUUUACUAAAUAAUACUUUUUCUUUUGUUACAUUUCGUCGUCAAAAUUGUUUGUGUAAUGGUGUUGGCCAAUAUUUAUUCUGCAUGAGUAUUAUUAAUCAGAUAUGUGUUGGUUUUUUCGCUGUUCGUUUGAUUCAUCUUAGUUUGACUAUAUCUGGUAUUUAUUCUCAUCCUAUGAUUGACAAGAUUUUUUGUAAGAUAUUAAGUUAUUUAUUAAAUUGUUCCAUUCGUAUUGCUUAUUGGUUGGCAUCAUUAGUGACGAUUGAACGUAUUUAUUCAACAGUGUAUCUAAAAGGACAAUGGCUGAAAAAGCCGCGGGUUGCUCGAUGUUUAAUGGCAAUUACAUUUUUUUUGAUUUUGUUUUCUGGUGCAUAUGAACUUGUUUUUGUCAAAUCAUUCUCUGGUUUCAAUAAUAUUAAGAGCAGUAUGUGCGUUAUUGAGUUUCCAGUCGUUCAUCAAUCAAUGUGGUUAAUUAUUCAUCAGAUUGUUUCGAUCAUCAAUUUUAUGUUACCACUCUUAAUUAAUAUAUGCUGCACAAUUACAAUCAUUUGUAUUGUUAUCAAAAAGAAAAUAAAUAUUCGUAAAAACAAUGAACGUAAGUUGUUAUUUGUUCAAUUAUUGUUCUCUUAUCUUGCAAAUGAAGUUAUUUCAGAUGCUCAAACAAUAAAUAAUGCAUCGAUUGAAAACUCAAAUAAACAACAAAAUUCUCAAAGUAAUUUGUUCUAUUCUAUAUAA